AUGCGUCGAGUCCCGUACCCCGUCGCAAUAAUAACAGCAACCGAUCCCUCCGGCCCAGAAGACACAACCUCCUUCCGUGGCAUGACCGUCUCCUCCUUCAAUACUGUCACUCUCACCCCACACCCUGUGAUCUCAUUCAACGUGCGUCGCCCAUCGGAGACAUUGAAUGCGUUGCUUGCUUCGCGCCGGUUUCUGGUUCAUUUGCUUGCACCGACCGAGGCGACUGCUACCCUAGCCAGGGAUUUUUCCAAGGGGAAUGUCACCCUCGCUGCUAUGUUGAGCGGACAUGGGCAGUUUGAGUUCGCGGCGUUGCCUACUGAGAAUGAAGAGGGACACCCCCAAAGACCACUUCCUAUUCUUAAGCGGAGACCAGAAGCAGUAGCUGCGGAUAGUGGUGUCGACUUUCCUUUUGUUUUUGAAUGUACCCUACAUCCGCAUAGGAUUGAUGUGCAUGAUCACUCAAUUGUGCUGGGUACUGUUGUUCGGGCGAUCGAGGGCUCUGAGUCUGCUCCGGCCCAGGGACUGGAUGACAAGGUCUUGGAUGAACAUUCGCCUGAGCGACUCUGUUUGGCGUAUGCAAAUACCAAGUUUUGGAAAAUGGGGGGUGAAAUUUGA